AUGGCCGACAGCAAGAGCCCCGAGAGCGAGCCUACGAUGCGCACGCUCCUACGGCACGUGCUGGACUCGGCGGUACCGCGCACCCCGCGCCGGCCCCGGAGUGCCCGGGUUAGUACCCAGAGACCCCUGCUUGAAACACCUUCCUCUAGGAAUCAGAGCAGCCAAACAAAGGCGACUGCCAGGAGGCAUUCUCGUGGAGCCAGGGCUACUGGCAGACGGUCCCAUGUUAAAGCCACUGGCCGCCUGGAGGAGCAGACACCCCGGACCCUGCUGCGGAACAUCCUCCUGACUGCCCCAGAAUCCUCCAUCGUCGUGCCCAAUUCAGUGACGAUGCCAGUGCCAGCACCAGAAGUGGUCCGGCUCUCCAGACGGGAAAGCAGUCAGGGCAGCCUGGAGCUGCGACUUCCUGAACUCGAGCCCCCCAAAACCCCGGCUCCAGUUCUGCUGGCACCUGGCAGGAAGAAGCCGAGGCUGAGACUGUCACUGUUUCAGCAGGAAGUGGACCAGGGGCUGCCUCUCUCCCCAGAGCCUCAUGGGACUGCUGAUGCCUCCUCGCUCACCAGCUCCCUCAACCUGACCUUUGGCACCUCUCUCCGGUCACAGUCCGUGCAGAGGCCAGGUUUGGCCCGCAGACCUCUCACCCGCCGAGCUGUAGAUGUGGGUGCCUUCUUGCAGGAUCUGGGAGAUACUUCUGAGGCCAUGGAUGCUGUGUUGGAGGACACCCAGCCCUUCUCCCCGCCCUUGGUUGGCUGCUCCCCCAGGGGGCGCCGCUCCUUGCCCUGUCGCUCUGACACUGGGGCUGCAGAUGCUGGAAGGGCUGUUGGUCGCAGGACAUGGAGUGGGCCUGCGCUACAGAACAGUCCCAGGGAACCAACCCAGCUUCCAGCAGGAAGGUCAGAGGAGGUGAACACCCUUGCUGUGGGCUUUCCAAAUCCCAGCAGUGGUGACUCUGGAGAAGAUGGCGUAGAGCCCUUAGAAGGUGAAGGUGAAGCAGGGGAAAACACGGAAGAAGGAGCGGUGAAUGUGGGGGCAGUGGAGGCGGCGGCAGGAAUGCAAGGAUCUGCUAGGACGGCAGAGUCUGAGGGGUGCCCAGAGGUGACAGAAGCAGAUGGGGCUGUUGAGGCCGAGGAGCCAGAAGGGUCUUCAGGGGACAAGGACACUUCCAGCAGGACGGCAAGUCCACAGGUGGCCUCUGGUGCCCUUGGGGCUCUCCAGGCCCAGCGACGUCAUCAGUUUCUUGAGCCAGUCGCACCACCCGCCGCUGCAGGCUUGUGUGCAGAGCCGCUGUCGGCCAGGCUUCCUCCCAGGCCCCGAACUGCUGGUCCCAGGCCCCGUCAAGAUCCCUACAAGGCCGGACUGAGCCACUAUGCGAAACUCUUUAGCUUCUAUGCUAAAAUGCCUGUGGAGAAAAAAGCUCUUGAGAUGGUGGAGAAGUGCUUGGACAGGUAUUUCCAGCACCUGUGCAAUGACCUGGAUGUAUUUGCUGCUCAUGCCGGCCGCAAAACGGUGAGGCCAGAAGACCUGGAGUUGCUGAUGCGGCGGCAGGGCCUGGUCACGGACCAGGUAUCACUGCAUUUGCUUGUCGAGCGGUACCUGCCCCUGGAGUACCGGCAGCUGCUCAUACCUUGUGCAUUCAGCGGCAACUCUGUGUUCCCUGCCCAGUAG